UCGGCGCUCGCGUUCUGAGCAAGGAGCCCGCGCGGAGCCGCCAUGGAGAUGCUGCUGCCGCCGGUAUGUACAAAACUUUGCCAUCAGAAGCCUUUGGAUAUGAAAGAUGAUAAUACUGAAAAACACUGCCCUGUUACAGUGAAUCCCUGGCAUAUGAAGAAAGCUUUCAAAGUUAUGAAUGAAUUAAGAAGAAUAAUGAGAGAAGGAUGGAGGAUAUUCACCAAAGUGUGUCUGAGGAGUCUGCUGCUAGAAGGAUUGGAUAGUUGCAUUGUUUCAUUCUACCACAUAUCUUUUUUCUUGGUAGCUAGUCAAAGCCUGCUGUGUGAUGUGACAAUAGUAGCGGAAGACAUGGAAAUUGCAGCUCAUAGAGUUGUGCUUGCUGCCUGCAGUCCUUACUUCCAUGCUAUGUUUACAGGGGAGAUGACUGAGAGUCGAGCAAAGAGAGUUCGGAUAAAGGAAGUUGAUGGCUGGACUCUGAGAAUGCUUAUUGAUUACAUUUAUACUGGUGAAAUUCAAGUUACGGAAGAAAAUGUACAGGUUCUUCUCCCAGCAGCUGGUCUGUUACAGUUGCAGGAUGUGAAGAGGACUUGCUGUGAAUUUUUGGAAUCCCAGCUUCAUCCGAUAAACUGCUUGGGGAUUCGUGCAUUCGCAGACAUGCACGCAUGCACAGAUCUGUUGAACAAGGCCAACAUGUAUGCAGAACAGCAUUUUUCUGAUGUCGUACUUAGUGAAGAAUUCCUCAAUCUUGGUGUAGAACAGGUGUGCAGUUUAAUAUCCAGUGACAAGCUUACAAUUGCCUCUGAAGAGAAGGUAUUUGAAGCAGUCAUAGCAUGGGUAAACCACGACAAAGAUGUGAGGCAGGAAUUAAUGGCACAACUGAUGGAACAUGUUCGGCUGCCUUUACUUUCCCGGGAGUAUUUAGUUCAGAGGGUUGAAGAGGAAACAUUGGUUAAGAACAGCAGUGCGUGUAAAGAUUACCUCAUUGAAGCUAUGAAGUAUCACUUACUGCCGACUGAGCAACGAGCGUUGAUGAAAAGCACUCGAACUAAACUGAGAACACCUGCUAGCCUUCCAAAGCUGAUGAUGGUAGUUGGAGGACAAGCACCAAAGGCUAUCCGCAGUGUGGAAUGCUAUGACUUUAAAGAAGAGCGCUGGCACCAGGUGGCUGAAUUGCCUUCCAGAAGAUGUAGAGCAGGAAUGGUGUACAUGGGUGGCCUGGUUUAUGCAGUUGGUGGUUUCAAUGGCUCUUUAAGAGUUCGCACAGUCGAUUCCUAUGAUCCAGUGAAGGACCAGUGGACAAGUGUUGCUAACAUGCAAGACAGGAGAAGCACGUUGGGAGCUGCUGUAUUAAAUGGGCUCUUGUAUGCUGUAGGAGGAUUUGAUGGGAGUACAGGUUUAUCAUCUGUAGAAGUUUAUAACAUAAAGACUAAUGAGUGGUUUCAUGUAGCUCCGAUGAACACAAGAAGAAGUAGUGUCGGUGUAGGUGUUGUUGGAGGUAAGCUGUAUGCUGUUGGUGGCUACGAUGGGGCAUCACGUCAGUGCCUUAGUUCAGUAGAAUGCUAUAAUGCUAGUACAAAUGAGUGGACCUAUGUUGCAGAAAUGAGCACUAGACGGAGUGGAGCAGGUGUUGGUGUGUUAAACAAUUUAUUGUAUGCAGUAGGUGGUCAUGACGGUCCUUUGGUUAGAAAAAGUGUAGAAGUGUAUGAUCCUGUUGCUGGUACAUGGAAGCAGGUUGCAGACAUGAACAUGUGCAGAAGGAAUGCAGGGGUUUGUGCUGUAAACGGUCUGUUGUAUGUAGUUGGAGGAGAUGAUGGUUCCUGUAACUUAUCAACAGUGGAAUAUUAUAACCCAACAACAGAUAAAUGGACAGUUGUGUCAUCCUGUAUGAGUACAGGAAGGAGCUAUGCAGGUGUUACAGUUAUUGACAAACCAUUAUGAGAGGGGAAGAGAUUUUGAACUUAAAUUAUGCACUAGAAGCAAGCUUCAACAAGUGUGUUUGAAGUGAUUGAGUAUCUAAGCACUUCUCUACUUGUAGCUGCACAUUGAGUCACAGUGGAAGAUGUGACUGUCUACAAUUACGGACAACAGAUAAUGAAGAUUACUCUAGAUAGAAGCAACGUGUAGGAUUAUUCUGCAUUGAGCAGCAGCUGACUGAAUUUUUAUAAAGGCUUGUGGACCAGUUUUUAUUUGCAAGGUCGUCAAACAAAGUCACUUUCAUAAGGACCAACUCAUGUCAGUCAUGACUGAGAAAUGGAUUGUUUGUCAGUGAAGAAUGAUAAAGUGAUGUGUAUUCUGGUGAAAGUAAAUUUUUGUCUUAUUUUUUCCAGAGACUUAAUAUAUACAUAUAUAUAUCCAUGAACUCCAAGUCUUCAGAAUGGGUAUUGAAUCCCACCUGAGUAGUACAGCUUGGGGUGGGGCAAACCUGUUUGCUUUUAUAAAUUUUGUUACAUGAAUAUGUGUGCAUAUGUAUAUGUGUGUGUGUGUUGCUUUUCAUUAAAAAACUCUUCAGAACUUGAUUAUACUAUUUAUAAUUGGCACAAGUACUUUGAAUUAUGCCAGUACUAUGUUGUAAAACAGAGUUGUAUUUUUUGAUAUUUAACAAUGCUUAACACUACUAAAUGCCACUUACAGAGAACAAAGAAGGCAUAUAUGCUUAAACAGGUGGAGUGCCAGAAUCUUUUUAAUAAACAAUGAGUUGCUGGUACUUAUUUAAAAUAUUUUUUUCUCUCUUUAUUCUUGGCCAUGUUUAAAUCUUCUCCUUUCUUAUCUUUUUUAUCAAAGGUGUUUUGGCAUGAACAUAAGUGAAGAUUUAUAAUGAAUGUAUGGACCUCAACUGAACUUGCAUGGUAUUAAGAACUAUCUAAGUGUAUAACUUCAGCUGCUAUUAAUGAAUAUGAAAAUAUACUGUAUGUGGCCAUAUUUGUAAAGCAACUACCAUUUUUGUUCAUUUUUGGAUGGCCUUCUUUUAAAUAAGGCCUAAACUAUUGUCAUCUUUGAGCUAUUUUAUUUAAAUAAAAGUUUGUAUAUUUGUUUCAUAAUGCCAA